CCACUCCACCAUGCAGGCAGCGUCGCCGGCCCCCGGGCCUCGCGCCACCCCGCCCGUCCUCUCGCCGCCACCCGCCGCCCUCCCGCUGCCCCUCUCGAUCCCGCACACGCUCUGCCAGCUCCCUUCCCCCGGCUCGCCCCUCGGCCCCGCACCCGCCCCGCCCGCGGAUGCAUUCACGCCCAGCAGCGCAUCGUCCCCCGGCCGCCGAAGCGUCUACGACGAUCUCCAGCACUACAAUCCGGUCCCUCCCUUUGUCGAUCACACCGAAGACGAGAUGCUCAGGGAAGACUAUAACCGGCUCCGCGCUCGGCGCACCUCUUCCAACCUGUCCUCCUCGCCCGCAGCCACCAACAGCCCCUCCUCUCUCUCCAUGCAGAGACGGUCGCUGGGCGACAGCGGCCAGAGAUUGCCACCCGAUUUUGUCCCCAGUCCCGUGCCGCCGCACCUGAACCCUGUCCCGCCGUAUCUCGAUUACAUUGAAGACGAAAUGCUGCGAGAUGACCAUGUACGUGUUCGGUCGAGUGCCAGAGGCAGCUCGAUUGGCCCUUUCCCUUCAGAACACGUGCCUCCUGCUUUUCCCACGAAUAAUAUAGGCCCCUCCCAUGCUUCUUCGCCUUCGCCCUCGUCAGCAAGUAUAAUCUCUCCGUCUUCGCGCCAUCAGCUUGCCGGCUCUGAAGAGCCCAACGAUCGCUGGUCUCGUGACCGCCUGGCCGACCUGCGCAGAGCCAUGCUCGCAUCUCAGAGCCACGAUAAUCGGCCCAGCCCUUGGGUCCAAGCAUGGGGCAGAGCUCCCGAUGAACCCUUGAAUGCCGAGGUAAACGACAGAUACUGGGAUGCAGAGUACCCUGCCGAGUAUAUCGAAAGACCGUCGCAGCGCUCAUCGUCGUCUUCCCUCCGUCCGAGUCCGGCGACGACCCACAUGGGCGGCCGUGGUCGCCAGGCGCUGAAUCGCGAUAUCAACGAGACCGUCGGUAGACGACUCGGAUCUCUUCGUCCUAUACAAAUGGCAAACCCCUCGUUCCCGCUUGAGACCAGCACUAACACGUUGAGGCGCCGUGAAGUUCCUCACGGACCGCAAGAAGGACGAGCGGCAGCUCCUCCUCCAGCCGAGGGCAACUUGUGGGGCGAACUCGAGCGAGACAGCCGUUCUUCUUCUUCCUUCUCGGAAAGUGCACCUCCAUCUGCCGAUGGCGAUUCAGGCACAACCACUCCUACGCAAGAAUCCGUCUUUCGGGCCUAUGGCAGCAGCAACCAUGGCGAAGACGAAGAUGGCGACUUUGACGAAAACGACGAGGACGACGACGAGGACUAUGACGAUGAAAACGAAAACGGUGACAGCGAGAUGCUCAACCCGGAUAUCAUGCGAGAAGUAUACAACCUCCUUACCGCUCGACCUGUCCCGCCGAUGGCCAUGUUCUCCGGCCCCGGUAUGGCCGAACCCAUCGAGCUAAUCCAUGCCCACGUUCACUCGCAUGUAUCGUCGUUUGGACGCGUCUUUAGGCAACGACCGCCGCGACAGUCAUUGGAAGAGUUGCGUCUCUCUCCUCAGAUGGACGAUAAUACCGUACAGAAAACGUUAAUGUCUGCAGUAAAAGGUCUCAAGUAUUUAAGUGAUGGGAAGAAGAGGAGGAUGGCGAUGGGGAUGUUGGAGAAUAUCACCUGGGCAGAGUUUGGGGAGAGAGAGGGGAUGGUGAGGGAUGAAUACUGUUCAGUGUGUCAUGACGAGUACGAGGACACUACAGAAAUCUCCAUUACACCUUGCAAGCACAUGUAUCACAAAGACUGUCUCAGCACAUGGUUAAAUACCCCCAAGAUUUCUUCUUGUCCCAUGUGCAGACGCGAUCUAGCUCUCCUUGCGGCUUUUGCCAACAUGACCUCCAGCAAGACUGUAAACGAAGCCAUCCCAUAUUGGUACAGGGUCUGAAUGGUUGUGUAAAACCUUUUUCUUCUUCUUCUCUCGUCACUGUUGAGGUUUGUUGGUUCAUAGAUAUACGUGAAUGAUUUUUUUGUACAUAAAUUUACAAUUGUAUAGUUAUUCCAGCAGAUCACUGGAUAUGGGUUUGGACUAUACUUGAAUGCUAUUCAAUUGCUUCGGGGUAUUUUUCGAAUAAACGCCCAAAUAGUAGAUUUUGCUUUUAGUUCCUCCUCUGCUGCUACACUAAUUCCCCUUGAUAAUUCCCUUUUUGUAUGUUGGUCAUGGCUAUUUAUUUGUACUUGGUUUGAUGCUAUCGU